UUAUUACUUGGCGUGUUUCAAAAUCUGAUGGAGGUCAGGAACGCAAAGGACGCUCCCAAGAUUGACGAGUCCACAAGAGAAAAUUGUCUUGACAAAGAAAAGGAGAAAGUUCUCCGGUACAUAGCUGGAUAUGUUCCCUUUGCCCUACUGAAAAAAUUGAAAAAGUACAGCAACACAGCAGCUAUUGCAUUCUGUAAGUUCUUAAAUUCCUGGGAAGUUGCAGGUUCUGGAUACUCAAAAACCUUUCUAGACUCUAUUGAACUUGUAAGUAGAGUGUUUCUCACUCACAAAAAUCUUGUUAAAAUGCAAGGAGUGAACAUCAAAGCUGUGCUUGCUAACAGGAUGUUUACAAAUAAACUUGUUCAGGACUAUUGGAGCAACUUGAUACGUGACAAACUGAAUGCAGAUUCCUCUAAAAAACUGUUUGACAUGGUGGUGAAUUUCUACAUCAAGAUUCGCUGCAAACCUUUCAUUAAGGUGUAUUUGAACAUCAAGAAAAUGAACUCAAAAAGCAUCUCUAAGAAAGCAGAGAAAGCCCUGCGUAAAAACCUAGAUGAAGACAAAGAGAAGUGAGAAGUUUCAGUAACAACCUCAAGUAUUCAUACACUUUGGUACUGCUUGAACAGUGAAAUUAAUGUUAUUAAUGUUAGCAACUUUACUAUAUACAUGUACAUGUAUGUACAAAAGUGCUAUGAAUUCCAACAGCACAGACUCUCAUUAUCUGGAUUACACUAUUUACUCUGAAAUGUACCUAUACAGACGAAUACAUUUUGUCAAAGCAUAAUACCUGUACUUCUUAAAAUGGACCUGCUUCCAAGCCUUCCAAAUAUCCUUUCUGAGUAGAAGCAGCCCGUCAGCAGCCUUUACAUUAAGUGAUCCCUGGAAUUUAAAUAAAAAUCCUUCAGAAAAAUAAAA